AUGGAGGCCUUGCGGAGCGUCUUGCAGGCGGCUAAAACCUCCGACGACGUGAACAAGUACCUCCUCGAGACUUUGCGUUUGGCUUCGCUCGAGGACUUGGUGUGCGUGGUUUCAGUUGCUGCUUACGAGACCGAGUUGAAAACAUUGGUCACCGAUCAGGUCCCGACGGCCAAGGAUGUCCCGAUUGAAUUGGCUCGUCUCAGGGCGGCCUGGAGGCGUGCUAAAGCAGAGCUGCUUAAGCUGGAAGAUAAGGCCAGGCGGGGAGCUACACCUUCGGACGAGCUCGAUGAGACUCUGGAGUCCGGUGUCCAGGAGGACCUCAUGGCGCGUUUCAGCAGAUGCUAUGGCCACCAAGUAUCUGUGCACCUGGCGCCCUCAGACACGGUCUUGGCGCGUGUUUACCGUGAGCUCACCCGCAAUUUGCCUACAGUCAUCCCUUUGACGAAGGUGCGCAGCCUCUUCCAGUCCCACAAGCCAUCAUCCGAACGUCGAAUUUCAUUGGGUGGCAAUGUUACCGUCAAGGUUGAUGAGCAAGAAUCAGCCCCAUUGCGUAAUGUCUUCGACUACUACCACGCCCUACGUGUGCUCGGGAAUGCCUACUCGAUUGCAGGGUCUACUGAGGUUCCGAGCCAAGCUGAUCCAGCCAAGUCGGUCAAGAUGUGUCCAUUUCAGGUUCAACUGGACUAUGCAGACUUUGUCCUCCGGAUGGCGAUGCAGUGGGAGGCACCUUUGUCAUGGGUUAGAGAGCGAGAUGAAUCUACGAGGGGCCGCAUGGUGGAGUUGAUGAGGCAAGGUUGGAGCCAAGGGGAGUCGCUGGCCAGGGCCAUGUCCGAGCAGGAGGUUCAGUGGUCGGUUACACCCCCGCCGGUCCCUCUGCAUAAGCGGGCGCCUCCAGAGGAUGGACAGCAGUCGACCUCCCCGCCGAGUAAGAAGCUCAAGACGGGUUCGCAUUACCAGGGGCGAGAGAUUUGCAAGCGCAAGAAUGAUCAGCGUGGAUGUUCAGACCCGUCUUGCACUAAAGAGCACAGGUGCGAUGUCCUCGUCAACGGUGAGGUCUGUGGUUCUACAAAGCACACCCGCAUGUCAUGCCCACACUUUCGCAAGUGA